ACUCCGGAUUACUAUAGACUCCUGUGCAUGAGUGAAGUCUGCAGCUCUUGCUCUGUCGCUCUCUCUACUCUAAUGCAAAGCCUAUGAAACGCCACAGCAAGGUCAUAGGACUACUACUAUUGUAAAUGUUCGUUCUUGCCUGGCUGGACUACGGGGCCUUUAACUGCUCUGUAAAAGUAACUGCGCCAACUCGGCACACUGGCGUUGUGUUGUGGGAAAAAGAAAAAACACAGGAGAUUUUUGCUUCAGUGAUCAAUUGUUUGCCCUUAUAAACUACUGCCACAGCAAGGAUACCAUUAUGUCGCCAACUCGCGACCCCAGAUUGACCCGUCUAAGUUUGACAUGGACGAGGCUGAGGCUGCCAACAUGCUGAUAUCGCUGGGCAACUCGCGAUCGGGAACGCCGUCUUUCACACCGAUUCAGCAUCACUCGGCUCCCCACUCUCCCCGUACCGCUUCCAAGACGCCGUCUCCUGCCCACUUCGGCCACCGCAGCCAGACUACUUUCAUGCCCAUCUCACAGAUGCAACACGGCUCUCACUCUGGCACUCCAAGCCGAUGGGGAAGCAGUACACCAAUCUCUGGAAGAUCUUCUGAGGUCACAUCCCCUAGACUCCAGCCUGGUCACAGCUCCGGCUCUACACCGACAGUGCAGACAGGACUCAAUUUUGCCACUCCGGUCAGCCCUCACAAGCUCCAGAUUCGCAUGGAGCAUGCCAAAAGGGAGUAUUCCAGGAGAACAGAUAGCCAGGACUCUGGAGUGGAACUAAGCGGAAGUACUCCCAAAUCGCCUGUCUCGGCCCAGCUCUCUGGGUCGUCGUCAGGCACGCCUAGCCAGCUGUCGGGACAGCAUAUCCUAUCGCCGGUCAACGUCACAAAGCAGCAGCCAAGAGCAGUAUCGACACAGGCUCAGCAGCAGCAACAGCAGCAACAGCCACAUCAGCAGCAUCCUCAAGGAGAGAAAAGCCACUUUGAGUUCCCCCCACCACCGUCUGAGAACAAACUCCGAGCUGCUCUCUUGGCUCCACCGAAUCAGACAAUGUCUGGCAGUAUCCACGUCCAGGAAACCCAGACAAGUCCCAGUAAUGAUAAGACCAGUAAAGGAACACAGUCAAAGGAAGGACAUUCUGGAGAUGAUGUUUUUGUCCAAGAAACUAGGAGGCAGAAGAGCGAUGACCAGGGGCGAGAGGUUCCUCAAGGUGGGCGCGUCGUACCCCAAGGCGAGCAGCAGGUUGGCCAAGCCCCCAUGACACCAUCAGCUUUAGUACCGCUGGUGACAAAGGGCGCAAAGGACAGUAGCAAAGGAGAUAAGAAGGAUGGAAGUGCCCAAGUUGUAGUCCCACCUGGCCAUGUACCCGUCUUUUACUGGCAUUCUCUGGUCCCGAUCUUCAACAUCAGUCAUCCUUCGGCUUCUUCCUCUCCGACACCCAGCGAAGCCCAGGCUAUACCUGGCAGUCAGCAGGGAGCAGCCAGUCAGAUGCAAGGUGAUACGAUAAAGUUGUCUGGAGUGAGAACGGUGCAAGGAACGACUAUCCUGGGAAAACACGAUGGACUCCUGCCAAAAAGGGAAGAAGGACCAAGUGCGUUCACUUUCCCUCCCACUGCCGAUAGCGUAUCUCCCAGUAAGAGACGAUCACAAUCUCUCAGCUCAUUACCCAAGGAUGAGAAGGAACCAAGAAGUCCAAGAAAGAGUCGAGAUAAAGACCAUGUGAGGCGUCCCAUGAAUGCUUUCAUGAUCUUCAGCAAGCGACAUCGAGCUCUGGUCCACCAGAGACAUCCGAACCAAGACAAUAGAACAGUCAGCAAGAUCUUGGGAGAGUGGUGGUACGCGCUCAAACCAAAGGAGAAACAAAAAUACCAUGAACUAGCAUUCCAGGUGAAAGAGGCUCACUUCAAGGCCCAUCCUGACUGGAAGUGGUGCAGCCGGGAGCGCAAGAAGUCGGCGAGCGGGGGGUCGGGUUCCGGCGGGCAUUCCACCAGCCCCAUGGCUAGCCCAGGCCCCCUGACUAGCCCCGGUCCACUGACCAGCCCUGGUCCCGUCACCAGCCCUCUCCUCCUCUCCCCAUCACAUCACAUGAUGAGCCCACUGACCAGCCCGCUGCCACUGAUUAGCCCCAGUCAGCUGACUAGCCCAGGAUCUCUGCAUCGGGCUAGCCCGAGUAGGAUGCUGAGUCCUGGAAGGCUUCGGAGUCCAAUCCAUGGGGAGAUCCAUAAAGAGAAGAGAAGACUAUUUGAGUCUGAUAGUGCAGACUCUGGUCCUAGUCCUGCUUGGGAACCAGUAAAAUCUGAUUCAGAAAAGUCUAUAUCGCUUUGCCCCAUCCCUGAGAAGGAGAAAGCGCCCCCUACCUUCAAACAGAGUCCAGUGCCCAUGGACCGUUGCCAGUCGGCGGCCAUGUUGCAGCUCCCACCUAAGAAGCGUUCGUUGAGUCUGAGUCAUAUGAUCAUGGGAAGUCCGACCAAUCUUCACUCUCCAAGGCCGACGCCUCCCACACCCAAACAGACCACACCCAGUCCAGUCAGUACUCCGGGCCGCUCCUCCCCCCUGAAGCCCAAGGUGGGUGAUGAGCCACCGUCGACCACCAAACCUCUCGCACCCCUGACCCCUCUCAAGCAGCACCCCAGACCUCGGCUAGAGUCGGAGGAGACGCUAAGCGAUGACGAGAGGAUGGUCAUCGAUGAGGAGGGCGAUGACGAUGUCAUCGCUGCCAAUGGAGAAGAGAGAAAUAUGACACAGAGCAAACGCAUUGAUCUGGAAUGCAAGGAAAACGUCGAAGUCAGCGACUCAGAGACAGAAUCUGAAAACGAGACGACGAUCGAGAACAAAGCGUUCCCUCAGCAGCGUUUCUCCCCGGUCAUGAAGCAGCAGCUCCCACCCUCUGACAAACCCUACAGGCCUAAGCCAAUCAAGAUCAAGCCUGAUUCAAACUCACCAAUCAGGAACGAGAUCGGGGGAGAUCAGACGGACGGAGCAUCCUCCAGGCCGGUGACGACGAAGAGUACGUUCCAGCCGACCGGUGCGGUGUUCAAGGCGCAUUCUCCGCGUGGGAGGACGGAUGCUGUCGGGAGCAAAGCAAAAGCUUUCCAUGAGUAUCAUCCGUGGAAAGGAAAAGCAGACUCAAAUCAGCAACAGACUUUAUCUAAAUCUGAACCUGCAGGACAGGAAAGGACAAAUGAAUCUAAGGAUAAUCAGGGUACAUCGCAUCAGGGAUUGGAUGAUAGAAGCGGGAAGGACCAGAGAGACAGUAGCGUGUCUGGACAAGAGCCUCAGCAUUCCGCACCUCGAGAGGCAUUGGUCAGGAACACUCAUUCGGUUGGAUUACCAACCACCGUGCGCAUUGCACCAAGCCCCGGGGCGGUGAUCGUUCCAGGUCAUGUGACCAUAGCUCCGAACAGGCCGUCGUCUACUCCGGCCAACUUGAACCAGUCAUUGCCAACGUCUGUCAUUGUUGCGAGGACAUCAGACAUACAGAGUAAUGUCCAAGGAAGCGGGAACUUGGCGACGUUAGUGCCAACGUCAGUCCAAGCAAUUGUUAGCAGAGGAUCUACCUUACAGCGUGCUUCGAGUAUGGAGUUCCAGAGUGGCGUUGUUCAGAUCGGGAGACCGGGUGGACUCACUAAUGUGACUAUUGCUUCGCCGAGUACGCCAACGACUCCUAAACCGGGAUUUCCAAACAUUAAACCUCUCACCACGAAUAUGAUCGCCACGAAUGCUGUCAAUGUCAAUACUAUCCAGGGGAAGAUACUAGCAACACCGCCCCCAGCGGAAGCGCCUGUCCAGAUUCCGACCACCCCAACGGUCCUGACCAACUUGGUUUUGAAACCUAACGGGAGCGUGGUUCCGGUGCAGACGUACAACAUGGCCCAGAAUCCUGCAGUGGCGCAGCUCCAGUACAUCCUGCCCUCUAUCCCACAGAUCAACACCGGGUCGAAGGUCACCGGCACCACCAACGUCCAGGUCGGGAGUCUCCAACUGACCCCGACACAACCCCAGUCUCAGGUGACCAUCAAGGCUGUCCAGCAACCAAGCCAAGUCACCCUUGUCACCAAUCAGACACCAGGGGGCGCCCCACAUGCCAUAUCGGCUACCUCCAUCAACCAUGCUGCGCCCAACACGGGAAUGAUCACCCAACAGAUCUUCAACCAUGGGAACAUCCAUACCGUUAUCCCGGUUAUCACGACGCAACCGUUACCAAUGAAUCUUGCUCAGCAGGUAGUCACCGUGUCUCAGUCAUCGGGAUACCACACGAACACUCCGCAGUCUCAGCAGAGAGUCACAAUAGGGCCUGGUGUGAGCUCGCAGCCGAUGAACAUCAUCACCCAGCCGUGCAGUCCAGUGGUCACUGUGGCCGCAGCGGCCAUGGGGAAGAGUACGGUGUCCACUCAGGCGCUGACCUUCUCCAAUACGGCCCUCCUGGCAUCACAGCACCAGCAGCAGCAACAACAGAAGUUUGUCUUGCCUCAAGGUCAAAGGACCGUGACGUACGUUCAGUCAGCAGCCGCGGCCUCUCCUAACCCUGUAAUCAUCCAGCAAGGGGAUGCACUGAGAGGGAACGGGGGCAAGACUAAGAUACAAGUACCGACUCUGAUUCAACCAGCUCUCAUGCCGGUCAAGACCACCAAUACUCAGGGUUCCGCUAAGAUUCUACCAGCAACCAAGGCUCCCGUUCAGCCCCAGUCACAGCUCACCGUCGCCCCCAAACCGGUCAAGACAGUACCCCCUCUCACACCAGUCCUGAGCCUUGCCCCUUCACCGCAGGCAUCUCACCCUCAAUCACAACCGAUCACCGGUAUCGUCAUGACCAACCCCGCCCCUGCAUCCUACUCCUUCUCCACCCCAUCAUCAUCAUCCGUGACAAUGUUUGCGGGUCCCCAGCCUGCGGGGAUGCCGGCGGGGAUGACGCUGUCAACGGCGAUGACGACGACGUCCACGCGGCAGGUUGUGAUGCAGGGGACGACUAUGGUCGGGCAGCCCAUCCCAAUCACUGUCUCCAUCAAGCAAGGGGAUGCGGCAUCCGGUAGAGGGAAUAUCAGUGGGGUGCUGCAUCACUCUAAUACUGCACCCAAUGCAACAAUAUGUCAGACCCAGCUUCAUAUCGACAACUCCGGCAUCCAGCCGGGACCCAAAAAGAUCAAAGCCACCCUGGCUACCAUCCCAGUUGUGACUACCUUACCACCCCAUAGCCCCUCAGGGACGGGCCGUACGACCAUGGGCACCACCAUGCAGAUCGGCCACUCCAACGGCAGUGUUUUCACAUCAGGGGCUGCCGUUUCAGCUAGCCAGGGCUACGCCAGCUACAAAGCCAUGCCCAAGCUUGCACCUAUCCAGAGUGCGUCCAGUGAGAAAGGGGGCGGGAAGAGGAAUGUGAUCGGCAGUGGUGGGAAAGAGGGCAGUUUAGACAAGAGUGCUGCUCCAGGGAAGGUAGACGUGCAUGUCCCGAUCAGGCAAGGUGGCGGUGGCGAGAGCCACGUUCAUGCAGCGCAGACUGUUCAAAGCUUAAGAAAGCUGCCAAGGAACUCCCAGGACGACCCCAGAAAGGACUCCCAAAUGGAUACAAAAGAAAAAAAUCUGAACAGGGAGGAGAAAGUGAAUAGGAAAGACACUGAAAAACCUUCACCCCUUUCGCAUGCAAGUGAUAAACCCGCAACGCAGGGGGACGAUGGUGACGCGAUGAGGGAUAAAGACAGACUGGAAACUGACAAACCAGAGCUUAUCAGUACUAAUCAAGGACCGAGUGGACAUGAGACAGGUCAUGAAGAUGAUGGAGGUCAUGAGGGGUCAAGGGUCAAACCCCAGAGGUCCUGCAAAGGUCGUCUGUACAGGAAACACAUGGAAGAGAAUGGCAGAGGCAACAAGCCGCCGAGGAGAGAAACCAGGUCUAGCAAGUCGGCGGAGAGCCCAAUCCAGGAAGAAGAAACUGUCUUUCAGUCGCCUAGCAACAUGGACACAGACCCACCCCCACCCUCAUCAUCAUCCUCCUCCUCAUCAUCAUCUGUUGCAAUAAGGCCCGCUGAGGGAGGAGAGAGUCAAGGUCAGGGACAUGCCACGGAGAAGAGAGAAAGUGAUGGACCAGUCGUUUCAGAAGAAAAGAAGGAUGAAAGGUCGCAAGAGGCCUCUUCACAGGAACCAACAGGACAGGUAGAGAAGCCAUCCAACGAACAGCCUCUUUCCCUAGGCCCUCAGCCAGAUUCAAACCCACAGGACACGAGCACCCCUACCAAAGAAAAUGGACAGGCCCACAAGCCCGCCACCACCAGCGAUGAGGCAUCCGCUUCCACCUCUGUGGCCAUGGAUACGCAUGCAUUGACCUCGGGAGCAAUGGGAGGAAAGGACGGCAGUAGGCAGUUCUCGCACAUACUGAAGAGAAAAAUUGACGAUGGGAUGGAAAAGGUCCUUGAGGAGGUCAACUUUGAAGCUCAGUUCCGACAGCUUCCUGAGUACCAUCCAGAGGACCACACCAACGAGAGAAACGUCAUCCCGCUCACCCCUGAGGCUAUCGUCAGCAGCUAUAGGAGGAAGAGGAAAGGAUCUACAAGUAAGAGUGAAUGCGAUUCUGACAACGACCCGACGUCACCAUGCAAGCUGAAAUCACCCCACCGUAGGAGCUCGAGCAGCUCCGAACCCAGUACGCCAGGCAAGAGAGUGAUCGGGGACGACUCUGUCUUCAAGUUCAGCGACAAGUCGGCGGUAGAGGCCUAUACCACCAACAUGCGAGAUGAAUUGGAUGAAUAUGAAGGAGAGCUGGAUCGCUCUGCGUCCUCCUCGUCCUCUUCCCUCUCCACGCUGCGAAGGAUCUUGGAUCAGAGACGGAUCCUCGUCACGGAGCUCUUCAAGACCAAUGGCUACUUCCCUUCUGCCGCUUCCACUGCCGCAUUCCAGUCCAAACACCAGGACAUGUUCCCAUCCAAGAACUGCCUCCAGCUGAAGAUCCGUGAAGUCCGCCAGAAGAUCAUGCAGCAGUCGUGGGAUGAGGAAGGCCAGGAAGGAGAACCCGUCGUACCAGGUACCCCAUCCACACCCAAAUCUCCAGUACCCGGUAAACUUCACCUGACGUCCGUCAAGAGCGUUCGCCUCGGUGGUCCCAAUCCCACUAGUAAGAUGGCCCUGUCGUCCACCCCACUCAGCAGCGCCAACUCGGCCCUCACCGCCAAGUUCACCUUGACUCCAGCUCCGCCCCCUUCCCCCAUGGCGAGAGGGGGUUCCCCUAACCCCCAGGGGACACCAACCAUGACCAAGUUCCACUACUCCCCGCACAUGAGCCAGCAGCCGAAGCCCAUGUCACCGUUGGUCAAACUCUCCAACCCCCAGCCAGGUUCUCCGGCCCUCCACCCCAUCUCGGUCGCCUCCCCUGCUCUGCAGCAUGGCCAGACCAUCUUCGUCUAUCCUGCCAGCCCCGGCGUGAACCAGUUCCAGCCGGCCCAAGCCGCCCAGGGCAGGCCUCCUACCUCAGUUGUACAAGGAGUGGCACCCCCCGGUGCAGCCAAUUCGGGGGUGACACAUAUAGCUCUUCAUGGGCAACCUCAUAUCAAUCUGCAAGGGAGUGGGAGUGGGAACCAGACACCAAAAUGAAAGCCCUCCUACCAUGGCCAUGCAAGGAGUAGCACCCCCGGAGCAGCCAGUUCGGGGAUGACCCAUAUAGCUCUUCAUGGGCAACCGAAUAUCAAUCUGCAAGGGAGUGGGAGUGUUAACCAGACACCAAAAUGAAAGCCCUUCUACCAUUGUCAUGCAAGGAGGAGCACCCCCGGUGCAGCCAGUUCAGGGGUGACAUGUAUAGCUGGGCAACCACCUAUCAAUCUGCAAGGGACUUCAAAAUGAAUGCAAGAGAAGAACCCUUCUGUAUUGAAGAAUGUAUCUUCAUAAACCCUUCACAGGCAAAGAUGUAAAUCAUCAUGAAACAUAAAAUCAUGUUAAUGAAAGUCAUAUGAAGUUUCAAUGUUAUUCAGAACCCCAAGUAUAACCAUAUUCUGACCACCAAUAGGUCUUUUGUUGAAGUUAUACAAAAUCAAUCAAAUUUAAUAAAAUCCAAACACUUAAUAUGCAUGAUGAUUGUCGAAUUAAGAUGCCGAUGUUUGAUGCAUGAAAUAUGAAUAAUACUGCUCAGUGAAUGAGCACCAUGCUAAUUAACUACGUUUGCUUUUGAUAUAUCCUGACGCUUGCAAUUCUCAACAAUGCCUAGCGAGCCCCAAAGAAAAGGAAGAAAGUUCAAAGCGAUUUUUUGAAUACUUGAUGAAGAAAGGCAAUGUUCUUUUUGCAAUAUGGAGGUAUUUGGUGAUGUCAGAGAAGGAAAAUGGAGCAAAGCGCGUUUGCUCGAUUGGUGCAAUGAAUAAUGUGUUCAUGUUAUAGCAUAGAAACGUUUUUGAAACAGUGUUCGAGGGGCAGUUCUAUAAUAUAAUCAACCUUUUUCGUCCAACCCCCAUAUCUCUUCGAUUUAACUUCAUGAACUGCUCAAUCCAUGAACAUUUGAAAGCAUAGCGACUUCUUGUGUCAACUUGAAAACAGAGACAAAUUAUUUCAGGAAUCUCCAUUAUUUGGAGGGUCGGACAAACAUAUUUUAUACCAUUGCCCAGAUGCAAGGGAAGGUUGUGAAAAUAACAGCAAUAUUAUUUAUCCAUGAAUGUGAUGAUGUCAUGUACACGGUGAAAUAUUUGAAAUAUUACUAUCUCUAAUAUGAAUGAUAGCAGAGGAACCUAAUGCAGAAGAUCACGAUUCUUGUGUAUGUAUCAAGGCCGCGGACAUCCCACUAUUUGAGAGUUUCCUCAAGAGAUUGAAAAAAAAAGGAUGAAGGGAAAUAAUGUUUAUAUCUUGAAGCAAGAGUUAUACUUUACACUCCAAAAUUGAGAUAGUAAUAUUUCUAAUAUGAAUGAUAUCAGAGGAAUAUAAAGCAAAAGAUGAUGAUUGGUAUGAAUGAAGCAAGGUCACAUUCUCUCGCUAUUUAAGAAUUUUCUCAAGAGAUGAAAAAAAAGAUGAAGAAAAGUGUGAAUAUUCAUAGGAAUGAGCACUGAUUAUGUUCACAUAACUCUUGAAUUCUGUCAACGUAGCUUGAAAGAUGAGGCUAAUUUCAAUUGUAUUGUGUCAAUGAAUUUGUAGUAUAUUGACCAGGGGAAUGUUUCUGAUACAUAUCUGUUAUAAGCUAUGGAAAUCCUUGCAUCUGAUUGGCUCAGAGCAAAUUUGUCAAAGUUGCUGAUUAUUCGCUCCAUGAACCGAGGGAGCAUUUCACGUAAAGUUCUGUCAGGGAUUUUCACUAUCUAAUCUCCCCUCAGCCAAUCAGAUCCAAGGAUUUUAGUAGCUUAUAACAAUAGUCAGUGUAAAUCACUAACUACAUGGUACAUGAAUCACACCCCAGGAGAGGAAGUAGACAAAAAUUUUAUGACAAAAUACCAUCAUGGUAUUUGCAUCGGGAAUGUAAAUUGUGAUCAGUUGCAUCUACUGACUUAUGGAUAAAUGACCUGUAGACGAUUUGUAUCAAUCUAAUUGUUGAAAAUGUUGGAACUUUUGAGCAAAAAAGGAAUUCGCAUCGAGGAAAAGUGAUUUGCUAAAUCCGGUAAUCUAUCAGUUCUGGGUACCCUAGUACUCAUUGAGUGCCUUGGAGUCGUGUUUCAAAUUCUUUCAUACUGUACAUCAUAUGCUGGAAAGUUUCCUAAUCUGUAUUUUUUGAAGAAAAAAAACCCCAUCAAAAUAUUACAUUUCCUUUUAACCCAAUUUCUAUUUCGCAUGGAUAAAACUCAUUAUAACGUUUAAGUUGUACCAUUAUGAGAAGAAUUUGGCUAAGGUAAUGUGGAUUAUCUUAUUCCCAAAUCUACACCAAAUGACCAAAAUGAACUUGAGCUUUGCUAAACCUAUGAAUGUUAUGGGACAUGAAUGACAAUUCAGUUAAUGAACUGGGAAGGAAAGUGAUAGAGUAUUCAAUAUAAUCUUUCAGG